AUGGAUACCAUUGCUGCACAUACUAUGCCACAACAGGAUGAUGAGGAGGCAGCUGAGACGCAUGCUAUGAUUAGUCAAGCACUUAAUGUCCUCAAUCGCCUGCUCAGCUUCAAGGAGCAUGAGACAGAUGCCAACUCCAUGAAUCUCACGUGA